AUGGGACAUCUUCUAACGGUUGCGACGUGCUCGCUCAAUCAGUGGGCGUUGGAUUGGGAAGGAAAUGUCAGUCGUAUCGUCGACAGCAUCCACAAGGCGAAGGAUGCAGGCGCUAGGCUUCGAGUCGGUCCAGAGCUCGAAAUCUGUGGCUAUGGCUGUCUGGACCACCUGAUCGAGCAGGACCUGUUCCUCCAUUCGUUCGAAAUGCUCCGCCGGAUCCUUCUCGACGAGACUUGCCAUGGAAUCCUUCUCGAUAUUGGCAUGCCAGUUCAACAUCGUAACCAGCGUUUCAACUGCCGCGUCCUGUGUCUUGAUGGCAAGAUCCUAAUGAUCCGCCCCAAGAUGUGGUUGGCCAAUGACGGCAACUAUCGAGAGAUGCGUCACUUCACACCAUGGAUGCGUCCGAGAGAAACGGAGCAGUAUCAUCUCCCACGAAUCUUGCAGGAGAUCCAAGGUGCGACUCAUGUAUUAUUCGGCGAUGCUGUCAUCUCAACGCCGGACACAUGCUUUGGAGCGGAAACUUGCGAAGAGCUAUUUACGCCCGAUGCGCCGCAUAUCGCCAUGAGUCUGGAUGGCGUGGAGAUCUUUACGAAUUCUUCUGGAUCUCAUUUCAGUCUCCAGAAGCUUGAUACCCGCCUCCAACUCAUCAUGGAAGCGACCAGGAAAUGUGGCGGAGUUUAUUUAUACGCCAACCAGCAAGGCUGCGACGGUGACCGGUUAUACUAUGAUGGGUCAGCCAUGAUCAUAGUAAAUGGAGAUGUUGUUGCCCAAGGAUCACAGUUCAGCCUCAACGACGUCGAGGUCGUUACGGCCACCGUCGACUUGGAAGAAGUGAGGGCCUAUCGCUCAUUAACCUCAAGAAGUUUCCAGGCCGCCCGAUCUCAAGCAAAGUAUCAACGAGUUCAGACCUCAUUUGAGCUCAGUACCGAGGAUGAAGACACGGAUAUUGGGAGACGCCCGACGCCUCCGAUAAAUCCUAGAUUCCAUUCAGUCGAGGAAGAAAUUGCCCUGUGUGCUGGCUGCUACCUUUGGGACUACCUCCGAAGAUCUGGUACUGCAGGCUUUCUAGUACCUCUAAGCGGAGGGAUAGACUCCUGUGCCACGGCGACAAUUGUCUUCUCGAUGUGUCGUAUUGUCAUGAAAGCCAUCGAGGAAGGCAAUGCGCAAGUUAUUGAGGAUGUCAAGCGAAUUGCCAAAUAUGACGGCGAAGGCGUUCUUCCUAAAACACCCCAGGCACUCUGCAAUCAAGUUUUCACUACAAUAUACAUGGGGAUGAAGAAGCAAAGUUCACAAGAGACUCGCGGGCGCGCCAAAGCACUCGCCGAGGCCAUCGGCAGUCACCAUGUCAACCUGGACAUUGAUGAUGUGUACAAUGCCCAGAAGAACCUCGUCCUCCAGACCCACAACUUCGAGCCCAAGUUCCGCGUUGAGGGGGGCACUAACCAAGAAAACCUUACCUUGCAAUGCUUACAGGCUCGGAUUCGCAUGGUGACUGCUUACGAGUACGGGCAGAUCAUCCCCACAGCACGCAAUCGACCUGGAGGAGGAAGUCUCUUGGUCCUAGGCAGCGCCAACGUUGGAGAGUCUCUUAGGGGCUAUUUGACAAAAUACGACUGCUCUAGUGCCGAUAUCAAUCCCAUCGGCUCCAUCGAUAAAGCCGACCUCAAGAGAUUCAUUGCUUGGGCCGAGAAAGACUUCAAUUUGCUUUGCUUGCACGACUUCCUGACCGCCGUACCCACCGCCGAGCUUGAGCCCAUUACGGACACAUACGUUCAAAGCGACGAAGCCGAUAUGGGAAUGACAUACCAGGAAUUGACUAUCUUCGGCCGCCUUCGCAAGGUUAACAAACUAGGCCCCUUUGGCAUGUUCCAACGGCUCGUUCACGACUGGAACGUCGACCGAGAGCGCAGGCCCGAAGACGAUGCGCCUGCCUACACGCCGGCCCAGGUGGCCGAGAAGGUGAAGCGGUUCUUCCAUUUCUAUGCGAUUAACAGACAUAAGAUGACGACGAUCACGCCGGCGCUUCACUGCAAUGACUACUCUCCAGAUGACAACAGAUUCGACUUGAGACCCUUCUUAUACCCGCCGUUCUGGAAGAGCUGGAGCUUCAAGAAGAUCGACUGGGAGCUCGAGAAGAUUGAGAAGAGGAGAAAGUAG